AGGUAUCUCGCAACUUUGUAUCGGUUAUAGAAAUAUUAUCAGCUGAUUGGUUGUCAUUUAUUUUUGUGUCGGAGAUAUUGUUUGUAUUUGAAACCAAUUCAAUAUUAUCCUUCAUUGUUUCGAGUGCUUCCUUUGAACCAACAGCGUUUUCAUUGCACAUAAUGGUGUUGACGAUGUCGUUUAACGAUUGAGAAGGCGACACUGAAUCAAUACGUGUAAGUUGGGGAAGCUCUGCUAAGUCCAUGUCUACUGUUUGCGUUUUCGUAUCCUCUACCACAUUUUUAUUAUUUUCAACAAAUUCAAUUUCAUCGAUAACCUUGUCAGUGGUGGCCACGUUUUCGAUAUUUGUCAUUGCCUCUGACUCCGUAUUACUGAGAUUUGGUUCAUUGGUGUUAGGAGAGAGCGAAUCUUCCACGGCCGAAGCGAAACUUUCUCCUGAUGUGUCUUGAACAGUGUCUGUAUUGUCAACUACAUCAAUAGAUUUAGGUUCUAAUUCACUGUUGGAUGCUGCAUUAGGUUUUUCCGAAACAACAUCAUCCAUGGUAUUGGCGGAACUAGUUCGUGAUAUGCGACGUUCAGGUAUUUCGAUGGGCACUUCAACAGAUAUAAGAAAAUAUUUAGUAUGUUUCAACUGGGAAAAAUAUACAAUUAUCAUCGUCAUUACCUAUAUAUUCACACUCGUCGUCUUCAUCGUCCUCCUCGUCAACUUCAGCUGCAGUUAAACGUCGCAAACUGCUUGGAGGCAUUUUUUCGUUGGCCAAUUUAAGCUGUUCUUUGCGUGGGCUAGGCGUACCAUCCCCUUUUAGUGGACUAAAUGAUUUUUUUUCACGCUUUUUUUUACCUGGCGAUGCAAAUGGCGUGCUAGCAACUAUUGGAACAACAAAGAGCGAGGGGUCUAAUUCGAUAUCGUCGACAACUUUACCAUUUUCCACUUUUUUGAGGCGCGCUGGAGUUACAGUUAAAGAGAUCGGUAUCGGAUUCGUUAAUUUCAUAGCUACUUCCGAUGUAGACGCUAUAUCUGCUUCAGAUACCGGACUUAUAUCUGCUUCCUCCGAAUCACUGCUAUCUCCAAAUAUUUCGACCUGAUCGCGAAAAGAUACAGACAGAUUUUUGGAUUUUGAUCGUUUUGCUUGUAACCGACGAGCACGGGCAUUAGACUCAAAUAUCAACAUCAUCGGAUGCGAACACCGUUCGAUUUUAACACGAGAGCAAAAUACGCGCUUGCCAUACAUUUUUAUAAGUUGUGUUCUUGUGAACUUAGUAGGUUUGGUGCUUGAAAUUGCAGCAGCUGCAUUUAGUUUCUUCGCAAUUGUCCCAGCGCUCAACUUUUGUGAAAACCUUUUUUCUUUUAAAGCUCCUUCAGCUUUUGUUUUUGACCUGGGUGAUCGGGUAAGUGCGUUUAUCUUUAUGAAAAAUCCAGAUGAGUGUUUUGAUUCUUUUUCGUCAAAAAAUCCGCCACGUUUAGAAGUCGAUGCCUUUUCUGAAGGUAGGGUUCUAUCAAUUUUAUCAUUUUUACCGCUGUUUUUGCUUUGCUUCUGGUUCUUCUCUUUUGCGUGGAAUUCUUGUUUGAGUUUUGUCAAGUCUUGUCUCAACAAACGCACCUUACAACGUUUAACAUUAAAAUGUGGUAACUGUUGUGCUUUAACGAGCACAUCUGGAUCAAAUAGUUUUUGCUGUGCCUUCGUGGGUGUUGCCUUUUUGGGUGACUUUUCUCCAUUUUUUAAAGCUGAUCCAAUAAGGUCCGCUGCUUUCUUUAUAUAUGUUGGAGAUUUUGAUGUUUUACCAAGCUUCUGAUUUUUACAAUCUAAGCCUUCCAUUUUUUUCCUCUCUAAGAGAACUUUAAAUGGUCUUACUAAUAGGCCUUUUGGAGGUGAUAAACUGCGACUUUUGCUUAUAUUUUUUCUGACAAAUGUUGACGCAGGUGGAGGCAUUGAUUCACGACGCACUGCAGCAUUAUCUGUAAAUUUGGUUUCUGUCGAUAUCCUCUUUAUUUUAGUGGGAGUUUGCGAAUCUUUAAGUGAUUCAGGAGAAGGUGAUCUCUUUGAAGCCUUUAUGGACUCACGUGUAUUCGUAGACUCAGCAAUUUUCAAAUUUGCCGGAGUCUCUGUUUUUAGUUGGUCGAACAGCGUAUCCAUUUUUAUAAAUUAUGCCCCACGAUACAAGCUACAAUACGUAAAAAUAUGUUAGGUAAAUAGCCAUUCAUAAACCGCCAUUACAGACUGAUAUUAUACUUACUACAGUUUUUAAUGUAUGGCGAGUAUUUUACUAUAUAAGUCUAUUAAUGCCUAAAUAGCUAUUUAAGAUAUAUUAUGACUGUUUAUUUAACAUUUUCUUUACAAAUUGCGGAAUAUAUGCCAAGAAAACCACCGAAUUUUUGUGCAGUGCAAAAUAGACGCGUUCUGUAAAGCUCUUUUCGCCGCAAUGAUUUUCGCCGUUCCAAUUUUGACAACUAUUUUAAUUGUAGAAGAGUGAAAUGGCUAUUGCUCACUAAUUAGUGUUGUAAAGUUGCCACAUCAAUUUAAAAACAAAAACAAAACUGCUGAUUUGGGAGCACUUAAAAUAUUGUUGCAUUGGAUUUGUGUUGUGAAUUGGUGUGUCGAAGAUAAAGUAAACGUUUGAAGCAGGGGAAAUAUAUUUUGUCAACAAAAUGGAUCCGGAAGCAUUCUUGGAUAUGGCUAAUCAGGUCAUAAAGUUGAAAAUGUUUCCUUACUUUGAUAUUGCACACAGUCUGCUUGCUGCGCUAGCUGUUAGAGAAGAUCUAGGUUCAAAUGCGCAAUCAUUCUCACGUAAACAUCCGCUUGCAUGUUGGCUAUCUACUAUGCUUGUAAUCUUCUCCGGCGGCAUGGUCGCCAAUGCCCUGCUUGGUGAACCUAUAUUGGCUCCUCUGAAAAACACACCGCAAUUAUUCGUGGGCACAGUCGUAUGGUACUUGGUUUUCUACACACCUUUUGAUAUCGGCUAUAAAAUUGGCAAGUUCCUCCCAAUUAAAGUAGUUGCUAGUGCAAUGAAGGAGAUUUACCGUGCAAAGAAAGUUUAUGAUGGUGUCUCCCACGCUGCUAAGUUGUACCCAAAUGCCUGGAUAAUUAUGAUUAUAAUUGGAACAUUGAAGGGCAAUGGUGCUGGAUUCACUAAACUUUUAGAAAGACUGAUUCGAGGAGCCUGGACACCGACAGCUAUGGAAUUCAUGCAGCCUUCAUUCUACACCAAAGCUUCUUUGUUAGCUUCAAUAAUAUUUGUACUGGAUAAGAAGACAGACUGGAUUUCAGCACCCCAUGCUUUAGUUUACUUCGGUAUUGUUAUAUUCCUGGUAUACUUCAAACUAUCUUCAAUACUUCUGGGUAUACAUGAUCCUUUCCUACCAUUCGAAAAUCUGUCCUGCGCAAUAUUCUUUGGAGGAAUUUGGGACAGCUUAGCAAAAAUCUUGGGACGUGGUCAAGCAAAAGAAGGUGAAGUAAAAGAAAGCAAAAAGAGCAACUAAAAAACCGAUCAGCAGUGGCUUUGUCGAAAAUUGAAAAGACGUUAAAAAGUGGUUUAAAUCUAUAAACUCCAAAUACAACGACCUUUUUUCGAAAAGAUGACAUUAACGUAAACGAGUUUCCUCUUUUUGUUAUUUUGUUUAUUACUACAUUUAAAUAUUGUUCAGUUUGCAAAAAAAAAUGUCCUAAGCAACGUAUUCUAGUCACUUUUAUACCAUAGCGCUCAAAAUGUAACGCAAAUGUAAACCAUAAAGUCGUUCUUGUUAUUGAACAUCAAGUGGGUGUGCUUGCUCAAUGAUGAAAUUGACUUUAGUGUAAAAGCGUUUGUAUUGGAGUUUAAUUAUUUCGUUAAGUGUAGUAUUUUAAUUUUUUUUUUUUAAUUUUUUCACCAAUAUCAGCAGCGGGCAGAAAUACAUUUUAAAUACAAAUGACUUCAAAUUUAUUUUAAUUAUAAUGAUUAUAUGCUAAGAUCUUGCCAAAUCUAAUUUAAAAACUUACGUACCAACGUUUGUAUAUAUUUAAAAAGUAUGAUGGGAAAAUAAAAUAAGCUUUAUAUCAGAUAUGGUCACGGGAAAGACUUUUCGAUGUUAAAUAUAGUUAAAGUAAUUUUACAAAAAAAAAAAAAUGAAAAAUUAAAUAAAACAAUACCUUUGAGAUACCAAA